AUGGAUGUGCAUGUGGAUGACAAUAAAAGGAAUGAUGGUGUAAAAGAUACUACGGGUAAGGAUGAUGUUAUUGUUAAUAAUAGUCACAUUGAGGUUCCUGGUGGUACUGCGUACAAUGAAGAGGAACCUAGUAAUUUUUCUGCUGAUAAAUGUGUGAACCUCACCAAAGAUGGUCAAAUUGAAGAAAAAGAACCAGAGAAGACUCAGUCUGAUAAAGUAAUCAACCUUGAUGAUCUCUCUGAUGAUGACCUGGUUGCUUCUAUCAAUCCAAGCAUAGCCAGAAGGCUAAUGAGGAGGAAAGGAAAGCAAGUUGUAGCUGAGGACUCUCAGAAGACAAGGGUUGUGGCUAAGCCUACUUCUGUUAGACCCAAAAAACCAUGGAGCAAAGUGGUGCCUAAGAAGAGAAAGGCCAGAAUCAUUGCUGAGAAUGAGUCAGAUUCUGAUGUUGUUGUGGAUGUCAAUGACAUUCAUCCCAAGAAGAAAGCCUCUACUAGCAAGCUUGCUGCCAGUGUCCCUGAAGUACCUAUUGAUAAUAUUUCCUUUCACUACCCCUCCAGUGUACUCAGAUGGAAAUUUGUCUAUCAGAAAAGACUGGCCUUAGAGAGAGAGCUUGCUCAAAAUGCUCUUGAAAAUGAAGAAGUUAUGAAUCUGAUUCAUGAAGCGGGACUGAUGGAAAUUGUGACCCAAUUCACUAAGUGUUAUGAAGUCCUUGUGAAAGAGUUCAUUGUGAACUUACAUGAAGACUGUGGCAAUAAGAACACUAAGGAGUACCUGAAAGUGUUUGUCAGGGGAAAAUGUGUUAAUUUCUCUCCCACUGUGAUCAACAAAUUUCUAGAAAGAAGCCAGUCCUGGUGA